CCAAUCGUCGCGUGAGGUUUUAACUUUACAAUUUUGGCGGUAGUAAGAAGAUGGCGGAAAAUUUGAAAGAGCCAUUCCUUGGUGGAUUUGCUAGUGUGCUUAGGAUCAUUAUCCUGUUGAAAGGUCCACUAUUGGGUCAACUUCAACUUUUGGACAGAUGACCUCACAUUAUCUUCAAGCACUCUUUGAUAUGAUGCAGAAUUUAUAGUUGAAUCAAUGAACGCAAGCUGUCCAGUCCCUGAGGCAGUGAAGCAACCCCAAACCAUAACAUUUCCACCACCGUGCUUCACAGUUGAGUGCAAAGUAGCAUGUCUUGCUACUUUUGACCAACUGGAAGUGGUUUGCCGAGAGGAAUGGGUCAAAUGUCAAGAACUGGGCGUUAACAAGAACAACCUGUGUGACUAUGAAGUGGAAUACCUUUGUAACUACAAAAGAAACUUUAUGACUGAUGGGAAAAGACAAGAGACACAGGAUCUGUACUUGGUAAAAUGGAAGGGCUAUCCGGAGUCUAUGAACUCGUGGGAGCCACAGCAGAACCUGAAGUGCACUGAUCUGCUUAACCAGUUCUGGGAGGAUUUGAUGCGUGAGAUGGUGCGGUUAAAGAAGCGCAAUGUUCCCAAGAAACUGGAUGCUUCCAUUGUAUCUAAUCUUGUGCAGCGAGCAAAGCUUAGGCAAACCCUCAAACUCUGGGAGAAUCACCUGAACAGCCUAGGCUCAGACAAAGGUCGCAUCUAUGUGGAAAACCUGGUAGACAUGGAGGGUCCUCCAAAGAACUUCACCUACAUUACCGAUUAUAAGGUGGGUGAUGGUAUUUCUCUUAAUGAGGUGGCUGUUGGCUGUGAGUGUACAGACUGCCUGAAUAGUCCUCUGGAGGGCUGCUGUGCCGGAGCCUCGCAGCACAAGUUUGCCUACAACGACUCUGGACAAGUGCGUAUUCGGCCUGGACUACCUAUCUACGAAUGCAACAGGCGGUGUUCCUGUGGGCCCGACUGCCCCAACAGGGUGGUGCAGAGGGGCAUUCAGUAUUCACUGUGCAUCUUUAGGACAGACAACGGCAGGGGCUGGGGGGUACGGACCAUGGAGCGCAUCCGCAAGAACACCUUCGUCAUGGAGUAUGUAGGAGAGAUCAUCACUACAGAAGAAGCAGAAAGGCGAGGGCAUGUCUACGAUAAAGAAGGCGCCACCUACCUGUUUGACCUGGAUUAUGUGGAUGAUGAAUAUACAGUGGAUGCAGCUCACUAUGGCAACAUUUCCCACUUCGUCAAUCACAGUUGUGAUCCAAAUCUUCAGGUAUAUAACGUCUUUAUAGAAAACUUGGACGAGAGACUUCCACGGAUAGCUUUCUUUGCCACUCGUGCCAUUAAACAAGGGGAGGAGCUCACCUUUGACUACAACAUGCGGAUUGAUCCAGUAGAUGCAGAAAGCACAAAGAUGGACUCUAAUUUCAGUUUGACGGGACUUCCAGGUUCUCCUAAGAAACGCAUGCGUGUAGAAUGUAAAUGUGGUGUGCCAACAUGUCGAAAAUAUCUAUUUUAGAUAACCCAAGGACUGGAGGAGUUUGUCAUGCCAAAUUGUCGCUAAAAUAAUUAUGGCUGUAAAGGCUAAUAGUGGAAUGUCAAACAAAAUUUUACAAACCAUUAUCCAUGAUUACUCUCGAAAUAUGUACUGGGCUCAAAAGGAGAGAAACACUUCUGUAGAACUGUAACUUUUUUUUUUGCAGUUUCCUUCCCUGACAUUUGGCAUGAUGCUGCGAGUUCACAUUUCACUACAUUACAUAUGUGAAAAAAUAUACAGUUCUUUGUAAAUGCUUUUUUAAAAUCAAAAGUCAAAGAUAUGGAUCAUCAUGAGUUUGGCAGGAAAUUCUGCUUAUCCUUUUUUUAACUGAAGUUUUUAUAGUUUAGUUAUUUUUAUGAGAAGGCUUUUAUUUUUCUUAUAUAAUAGUUGUGUGUCAGGCAAGUGCAUUAGUAUUAAAAUAUAAAGGACAGUUUUUAAACCCACUGAGGAUUAUGUUAAAUCUUUUUAAGUUUGGUGUAAUCUGUCUGGAAAACCUAGGGUGCAGCUUGGAUUUCAUUAAGCUGCCAACAGGGGGCAAAACUGUAUUGCCAGAUAUGUGCUUUUUGUGAAUCUUACAUUGGAAAAAUUAUUUUUCCGCACGCAUGAGUGAUGAUUUUUUUUUUUUAAAUCAUCACUUGAAUUUUAGCUGAGUGCAGAUGAUUGCUUAGUGACAUUCUGACUGUACUGUUUAAAUUAUAUUUUUUCCAAGCCUUUAUUGGUCACAUACAAUACAGCAGUGAAAUUCUUUUUUUUCACAUAUCCCUGCAGGAGGUCGGGGUCAGCCAUGAGGGUCAGCUUCUGGAGCAGAGAGGGUUAAGGGCCUUGCUCAGGGCAGCUUGACGGUGCUGUGGCUUGAACCCCCGACCUACUGAUCAGUAACCCAGAGCCUUAACCAUUGAGCCACCACUGCCCAGUCAGUGUUAAUUAUUUUCUAUGUUGUAGCAAUAACCUGUGAUAUACAGACUGGUGUUCAUUACAGGGGAAAACAUUUAUAUGUAAUAAUAAUAAAUUAAUUUUUUAAAAAAGUUAAAGUUGUUGGCCCACCAGGAGCUUCUUACUAAAAAUAUUCCCUUAUAUGGUGUUUUGAUUUUGAUGCUGUUUAAUAUCAGGGCAUAUGUUUCAUAUCUUUUUUGAUUAUAUCAAUUUUAUCUUUCCUGUACUGUUGACACAUGUACUGGAUAGCAAUAGAAGAAAAAAAGGCUACCAACUGACAAGUUGGUGCAUACACUGUAUGAGAAAAUUUAUACUUUUGCAAAUUUAUGAAACUAUACAAAUUGAACAUUGUGCUCUUAAUGUUGGUUUUGGUGUCUGUUAUUUCACCCAUGAAAUGUCUGACUAUGACAUUAUUGUUCAGGGGCAGAACCGACUUUCAGUAACAAAUGAUCUACAUUUCAAAUAAUGUAGUCUUGAAGUGAUACCUGCUAUGUUUAUAGUGAUUCUUGAUGAAGCCUCUGACCAUACAUUCAGUUCAAUUUACCACAUUUGUUUUUGUUAUUAUGUAUUAUCAGAAGAAAUGUCCUCUGCUGUUUGGAAGGUUGUACAACAGGUAAAAUAAUGUGAAAUAAAAAACAAACUUAAAAUGUAA